AGGCGGGAGUGGAGCAUCCCAGGUGGGACCGCCGAGCGCCUUCCGGAAACCCUACUCGGGCCUCGGGAUCCGGAUUGGCUCGGGCAGGGAGGUCGGCGAGGUCAAGCCCCUUUCGGCGCCUUCUCCUGACCCGCCCCGCCGCGGGCGCGCGGCUCUAGAGACGCGGGUGCGGGGCGCGGCAGGGGCAUGCUGGCCAGGCGGCGGGGCGCGAGUGGCAGCGCGCGGGGGCCAGAGCAGCGCCCGGCCCGGGACGCCCGGGGGCCGGAUGGCGGAGCCCACGCGCGCCGCGGAGCCGAGGAGGUUUGCGCUCCGCUCGCCGCGCUGCAGGGAGGGCGCGGUGCCAGGCGCGAGCUCCCAGAGACCCAAAAAGAAAGCUUUUUAUUUGCUGAGUUUGAAGCCCCUGAAGGAGCCCGCCCCCAACGACAGCAACAACAACGUGUCCUUUGUGAUCCAUUGUCAACUAGGCAAGGAGAUCAAACACAUUUGCAGCAACUGCAGUCGUGGGGAGGACGCCCGGGACGCUGAGGAAGUGGAGAGGCUGGCGGCAAUGCGAUCUGACUCCCUUGUCCCAGGUACCCACACCCCACCCAUCCGGAGGAGGAGUAAGUUUGCCAACCUGGGAAGGAUUUUCAAGCCUUGGAAAUGGAGGAAGAAGAAGAGUGAAAAGUUCAAACACACGUCUGCAGCCCUGGAAAGGAAAAUAUCGAUGAGGCAAAGCAGAGAGGAGCUAAUAAAACGAGGGGUCUUGAAGGAAAUCUAUGAUAAAGACGGGGAGCUCUCCAUAUCGAAUGAAGAUGACUCCCUGGAAAACGGGCAGUCCCUGAGCUCCAGCCAGCUGUCUCUGCCCGCCCUGUCCGAGAUGGAGCCAGUCCCGAUGCCCAGGGAUCCCUGCUCAUACGAGGUGCUCCAACCUUCCGACAUCAUGGAUGGGACAGUGUCUGAAGAGAGUCCCUCUGCCAGUGAGUCUGGAGUCCUCCUGUCCCAAGAUCCUUCAGCCAAACCCGUCCUGCUCCUGCCCCCCAAAAAACCUGCUGCUUUCCCUGGAGACCAUGAGGAGACCCCAGUGAAGCAGCUCUCUCUCCUCAAGCAACCCCCUGCCCUGCCUCCCAAACCCACUGCCAGGAUUGCCAACCACUUAACAGAUCCUGGCGCCCCUGUGAAAUUGCCUUGUCUGCCAGUGAAGCUGUCGCCUCCGCUACCUCCAAAGAAAGUCAUGAUCUGUAUGCCCAUGGGGGGGCCAGACCUCUCCCUGGCGUCCUACGCGGCCCAGAAGAGCGGCCAGCAGGGCGGGGCCCAGCACCACCACGCCGUCCUGCCCUCCCAGAUCCAGCAGCAGCUGCAGUACGGCAGCCUCAGCCAGCACCUCCCUGCCGCCACCAGCUCCCUCCCCGUGCACCCCUCGGGCUGCAGGAUGAUAGAUGAACUGAACAAAACGCUGGCCAUGACCAUGCAGAGGCUGGAAAGCUCUGAGCCGCGGGUGCCCUGCUCUACUUCUUACCACAGCUCUGGUUUGCACUCGGGUGACAGUGUCACAAAAGCAGGACCUCUGGGCCUUCCGGAAAUAAGACAAGUGCCAACUGUUGUGAUUGAAUGUGAUGACGAUAAAGAAAAUGUGCCUCGUGAAGCAGAUUACGAAGACUCUUCUUGCCUGUACGCGAGAGAAGAGGAGGAGGAGGAGGAGGAGGAUGAAGAUGACGACACCUCGUUGUAUACGAGCUCCCUGGCCAUGAAGGUGUGCAGGCAGGACUCCUUAGCCAUCAAACUCAGCAACAGGCCCUCCAAGCGAGAGCUGGAAGAAAAGAACAUCCUUCCGAGGCAGACGGAUGAGGAGCGGUUGGAGCUGAGGCAGCAGAUCGGCACCAAGCUCACCAGGCGACUGAGCCAGAGGCCGACUGCAGAGGAGUUGGAGCAGAGGAACAUUUUGAAACCUCGGAAUGAACAAGAGGAACAAGAGGAGAAACGAGAGAUCAAGAGGAGAUUAACUCGAAAGCUCAGCCAGAGGCCCACAGUGGAGGAGCUUAGGGAACGGAAGAUCCUCAUCCGCUUCAGCGAUUACGUGGAGGUGGCCGACGCUCAGGACUAUGACCGCAGGGCCGACAAGCCCUGGACCCGCCUCACCGCUGCCGACAAAGCUGCCAUUCGGAAGGAGCUCAAUGAAUUUAAAAGCACUGAAAUGGAAGUUCACGAGUUGAGUAGACAUUUAACAAGGUUUCACCGACCUUAACAGUCGAAUUCCUCUUGAGUGCUAUGCUGUCUUCAAAACGUAAGUUUAUAAGAACCAUAAGUGCUGGUAUUUAUUCACUUCCCCAUUACGAUGUAAAUCUUCUGAACCACCUUUUUUGAAAAGAAGAAGAAGAAAAGGCAGAGGAGACACAAUCAGGAUCGCGAUGGCUACGGCUCCGUGGUCAGAACUACCACCUUUUUUGAAAAGAAGAAGAAGAAAAGGCAGAGGAGACACAAUCAGGAUCGCGAUGGCUACGGCUCCGUGGUCAGAACUACCACCUUUUUUGAAAAGAAGAAGAAGAAAAGGCAGAGGAGACACAAUCAGGAUCGCGAUGGCUACGGCUCCGUGGUCAGAGGUGCUGGCGCCGCCGCUGCUGAGGGACUGGGCCCUGUCCCGGGCGGGGCCCAGGGCACCGGAGACUUUCCAGCACUAGGAGGAGCGCCGGGCCUCUCCGGCCAGGCUGGCAGGUACCACAUUUGUUCAGGCUCCGGCGAGCCUCAGGCGACAGACACUUUGGAGGCAGAGUCCCAAGAAAGCAAGCCGAGGCGGUGGAUCUGGCCUGGGAUGACUGACUGUGCAAAGCGGGCGAGCCGGCUGGCCUUCUAGACUUGGCCAAGUACACUGGCUCCAGGUGUGCCAGCUGGUUUGGGGGCCCCUGCGGAGGAGGCUGCUGAGAGGGACCACUGUCCUCCUCUCCCUUCAGCUAUCACCCCUGCCGUGAACUAAAGGGAGAGCCCUUUUCUGGGGGAGCCUGUGGUCGACAGGGUGUGCUCCAGGCCUGGAAGGCUGGCACGAGCUCCUGUGCCCUCAGGCUGAGCCGGGCUGCCUUCCAGGAAGCUCUGGUUUAGAAGGGGGAAAGCCGUCAUUAGCAAAGCCCAGCGUCACGGGUGAUCUUAACGCAUACCAGCAGCCAUUGGCGGCGUGGUGGUAUCAUGCGUGCGAGCGUAAGAACCCUUCUGAGGGCAUAAAGGCUGGCGUGACACACGGCUUGGCCGAUGCUCUUCCUUUGCUCUGCGUGCCCCAGGGCUGGUGGCCGGGGGGCUUGGCAGUUAAUGGCCUUUGAGUCGAGGACCGAUGCAUGCAGGCCAGAAACCGUUCCUGAAAGGCUGCAUUUCCAGCCGCUGGUGGACUGGUCCUCCAGAACCACCGGAGGGCCUGCCAGGCUUGCUCUGCACUGAAGAGCCUGUGCAGAAGCCCCGGCGUGGGGCAGACGCCAGCCACCCCGGCUGUGCUGUACCUUCCACGCCUGCCCCUCCAGGGGUAUCCUGCCU